GCGCCGCGCCGCAGUCCGCGCGACGUCCCUCCGUCGGCUCGUUGUGUGCGCCGCGCCGCACGCCGCCACUACACACGCGAUCUCCUUUGUUUAUUGUCGGACGCGUGCUGCUACAGCUGUUGUCAGUGCUGCACCGCGACCUGCCGCAGUGCUGUUCUUUUCAGUGUUUUGUUUUACUAGUGCACAACCUGUGGUGUUUCUGUGACCUGUGUGUGUAGAUGGGGCUAACGGAGUGCCCCUAGAGUUACCGGUGUGGAGCGACCGACACCUCCGUCUACCUAGCUGGCUGUGAGAAGCUCGGUCAUGGCGGCCACGGCCAGGCGCGAGAUAGACACGGGCGAGGAGGAUAUCGCCGCCAUCGCCAAACAGAUUUCGGACCAUGCCGAAGCCAUUUAUCAGACUUGGAAGGCGCGUGGCCUCGCACCCACGGAAAUAUUGUCGUGCAGGCCUACGCCCGGAAUCAAAUUGGCAGAGAGUCUGAGGGCUAAACCUAGGCCAGAGCCUAAACCCGAAAUAAAACAGAGACCCGACUUUAGACAGGUUCAUCGCCCGGACGCGGCUAGGGAACAAAGACCAGACGUACGUAGAGAACAGAGAGUCGACACUCGUCGUGAAAAUUUUGAACCUGAAGCAGAGACCAUAGAGGUGAUGCUUCCUCCAGACCUGGUACCAGAGCGUAAUGGUACAGCAGGCGCAGGCGCAGGCGCGAGGCGAGCAGACCCUGCUGCUAUGCGGCUCGAGGUCGCUCGCGAGGAGGAGCGCCUGCUGCGGGCGCUGCGCACUGGAGGCGUGGUGGCCGAGCGCACUGCGGAGAGACCCGACGUGGUCCCGCCGCUGUCGCUGGUAGACUAUGCCAAGAGUAGAUACCAGGACAGGCUGGACACUGGGGCUAGGAAGCCGGCCGCUGGUGCUAGCGGCGAGCGCCGAGCGUCUCUGGGUUCCCAUGUGACAGAGGCACGCUCUAAGUUCGAGGCGCGAGCACGUCGUGCGUCUAGCGCUGGCGCCGGCGAGCCCGCCUCCGCAGCGGGAGGAGCGACACCUGUGCGGCCGUUCCUUACGCGUGGAUCAGUAGCAGAACGAGUGCUUAUGUUUGAACGAUGUCCAAGUGAGGCCACACUUGAAUUAGCUAAAAGGAAAUCUCCAGCAGCCACAACUUGGCGGGGACCACACGAUGUCAUCAAUAGAGCACAGAGUUACGCAGCAUCAACACCUCCAAAGCCCUCAUCAGCACCUCCUCACACAACACUACAGCGCAGCGUGCGAGGGGCGGCCAGCAGUGGAGCCCCUGCUCGAGUCAUCCCAAGGUUCCACUUCCCCAAAGGAAGACCACCGCCAGCCCACCAACAGGACCAUGCCCUUCAUAAAGUACAGUCUGCCUUCGCCACCUUCCCAAAUAGUCAGGUCCCCCGCGACAGCUUCAAGCACAUAGUGAAGGCGUGCGAGUGCCCCCUCUACUGGAAGAUGCCGCUGUUCCUCGCCACACAACAGAACCUACACGUGCCUGUCGACGGACACAAGUUCAUCGAUUUCUGGAGAGAAAUGACGUCACAGUGCCACGACAUGGCGUCUCGCUUCGUGUACAUCCUGACGCGAGGGAAGAGCAACACAUUAGCUCCUGAAGACUUCGUGCCUCUCGUGCAGGAUGUCGUCGACACACACCCCGGCCUCUCCUUCCUCAAGGAGGCCACCGAGUUCCACUCACGAUACGUGCAUACUGUGAUCGCUAGGAUAUUUUACUGCGUGAAUCGAACUUGGUCGGGCAGAAUAUCGAUCCCCGAGCUGAGAAGAUCGAAUCUACUUCAAGUUAUACAGCUGUUAGAAGACGAAGAAGAUAUUAAUCAAGUCACACAAUAUUUUAGUUACGAGCAUUUCUACGUGAUCUAUUGUAAAUUCUGGGAGCUAGACAGAGACCACGACUUAUUCAUAGACAAGCACGAUCUCGCGAGGCAUAAUGACCAUGCGCUAUCAAGCCGUAUGAUCGAGCGGGUGCUAUCAGGGUGCGUGACUCGAGGCAACCAGAACCGCCUGACUCCGGACGGGGAGCCUCGCAUGUCAUACACAGAGUUCGUCUGGUUCCUCUUGGCUGAGGAGGACAAGACACAUCCCACGGCAAUCGAGUAUUGGUUCAGAUGUAUGGACGUGGACGGCGACGGGUACAUCUCGAUGUACGAGCUGGAGUACUUCUACGAGGAGCAGAUGCAGAGGAUGGAGGCCAUUGGCAUCGAGACCCUGCCCUUCAACGACUGCUUGUGUCAGAUGCUGGACAUGGUGCACCCUGCAGAAGAAGGCAAGGUGACCCUGUCGGACCUCAAGCGAUGCAAGCUGACGCCAAUAUUCUUCGACACCUUCUUCAACCUCGAGAAAUACUUGGACCACGAACAACGUGAUCCGUUCGCCACGCAGCGAGACUCCGAUUGUGAGAUGUCAGAAUGGGACAGAUUUGCGGCGGAAGAGUACGAGCUGUUGGUCGCAGAGGAGGGCGGCAGUGACGCACAAGACCAAAUGGAGGAAGACAGAUCUGGCUAUGCUAGGCUCAUACGAUGAGACGGACGAGGACUGUUUAUCGCCAAACCUAGACGACAUCACCAACACGGAGGUCAUUGAAGACUCGAGCGUCGAGGAGUCCACGCUUAGCGAGUGCGGGGCGGCGCGCCACCCGCGCCCUCUAGCCGCGCAGGGCGCCGCCCCCGCACCCGCGCCCGCGUCCGGCGCUGGAUAUGUCAACCUCAGCUCCAUCUACUCCAUCGGCAGUGACCGCUGGGCUAACAACACCGCCCCGCCCUCUAAAAAUGGCAUCACCGACAAAAAGCUCCCCGAGAAGCCUGUCCCUCCCGAAAAGCCAGUCAGCCUCAUGAUGGUCAAUGGUAAAAUGGACAAUCGGUACGCUGGCUUCGGCAACAACAGCUUCCUGUACUCGCAGCUCGUGGGCUCCAGUGGUGCGCGCACCAAAGACCCUCCUUCGUAUACGGCGGCCACCAGUGGUGCCCUCUUCGACAAAUCUGUUGACCCCAAAAAGACUGUCACGUCUCCAGUGAAACCCAAAUCACCUGUCACGAGUCCCGUGAAUGGCGUGAAUAAAAUCUCAGACAACUACGAGCGAGCGGUCGCGGAGCGUCUCAGCCCACAGAAGGAGAUCUCCAGGCUGAACCGCAGCAGUCUGUUUAGUAAAGUGAAUACUGGAGUGGUCUCCAGCAAAGUGAAGAAGAAAUCUGCCCGCCAGGACGAGGAGGACGAGGACUACGCGCGCGACAGCGACGAAUGUUCCAUUUAGGAAUCGCUAACCCAGUGAUGUUGCCAUAUGCAAUAAUGAAACGGUUUAUUUCAGUGAACACCAAAGAUUACACGAUGAACGUGCAAUUCGUGAGACGUUAGAUUACCUACCUUACCUGAUAUCAAAUUAGAAUAGUUGUAAUAUUGUCUGCCGUUAAUUGAAACAGAGAAAUAUUUUUUCAGCGUAUCCUAGUGGUUGAUACGUGCCUUGUGUCAGUGUAGCGAGUUAGACGAUGCCGCGUUCAGACGUUAGUCGAUUAGUGUGGUUAGAGAACUAAAGUGCAUUAUCCCGAACUAAAGAAACUGUUCUUUGACGGAACCUUGUGUAGUAUCGCAUAGACUAGUGUCAGCAUUUGAAUAGUCUAGUAUUUAUGUAUGUAUUGUUUUAAUUUUAUGUCUCAAAUUAACCAUAUCAAACAAUGAUAUUUUUGUUUGCGCAGGCGUUGAUGUGUUUUAAUUUUGAAUCUAUAAUUAUAAUUAUGUAUUAUUUAACUUUUAAUUGUAUUUGUCGCCUAAAAUUAAUUACAAAAUCAUAUCAUUCCUCCAUCCAGGUCGUAAUAAUUGAAUAAAUAUAAUAAUCAUGAAACUAAAAGUAAUAAUAAAAUCACUGUCAUUUGAAAUUGGUCGUCCAUAAAGCUUUAUUUAUUUAUUUAUCGUGAAAAAGAUCAGUAUAAAAACACGCACAGAUUAAUUUAGAGAAAUGUAGUAGAUAGAAAUAUUUUUGAUAAGAGGUUGACUCCUAUCCUGCAUCUACCUUCUUUUUUCGAAGUAUUUCAUAUGACGUGGUGUGUGUGUGUGUGUGUGUUGUGUACAACGUUACAUUGUUGUUGGCUCGAAGUCGUCACUGUUGACGCUAGUGAUGUACUAUAUUAAUUAAUUUAAUCUAAAUGUUGGCAACACUUGUACUAGAGACGUUACUACCCUCCUUGUGGGUCUCGUUUGGAACAAUUGUUUUAUUCGAUCAAAUUCGAAAAUAAAGUUGAAUUUAUAUUUUAAUUAAUUGUAAAUUAAUAAUUUGGGUACGGUAGUGGGUGGUACGAUGUAUGGAUGUUCGUAAAAAGGAGGAGUUUGUGUCGACAUAAUAUGUAGGGAAGUAAUAGUGAAGGCAGCUGUAUUAUAAUAAGCUUUCUAGGUAAUGCUAGGUAGAUUACGUUAUGCUCUAGUCUACAGGUGCUGUAAGAAGCCAACUGACGGUCUACCACUUCGACAUAAUUUGUUUACAAACACGUCUUCAAAUCAACAAGUUUGUCACAACCAAAGAAUCGGUUGUUAGAUUUUAUAAUCACCUAAAUAAAGUACUGAGUUUUAUUAAUCAUGGAUUUUAUAUUUCAGUUAUUAUUUAAUGAAAUGUUCGAUAGGGUAUUACUAAGUUAAAUAUGAGAAUUUUUUCAUAAUGUAAUGUUAGUUACGAUUUUAAAUCCAAUUGUUUUCAAGUGUGUAGUUUCAAAAACUUGAUGUAUGACUCUGUUGUACAUGUAAAACAUUGUGCCUCAUUUAUAAGGUUUUUGUCACGAAUAAUAUUCACAUGAUGAUAACUAGCACCGGAUUCACCCGUACCUACCUAUGCUACAAUUUCAUUUAAAGUUAAGACUAGUCAUUUUCAUGAACUAAAACCACAUCUAUUUACAAUCCUCAGUGGAACUAAUUUUACCAAGUAUUAACCAAAACGAUUGUUCACAUUUUUAACAAAUUUUAUUAAUAUGUUGUGUACUGUUAAUUAGGAUAAUUUUUAUUGGGGUAUGUUUUAAAUACCUAACAGUUUUGAGCUUAGCUGUUUUUAAAGUUGAAACACUUUAGUUUAUUAGGUAGUGUAGUUCUUAUAAUUAAGUUACCGAUUUUUUAAGGUAAUUAAUAGUUUCGGUAAUGACUGUCGUAUUGUUCUUUUGUAGUUGUUAUACUUGCGAGUUGAGUAGUUUUGUUUUAAUCAUAAAUCGGAUUAACUCUUUAUCUCAAUGCAAAUACGAGUAUUACCUAUAUGUAUCUGAUCAGUCUCAGCCAUUUUUCGUAAUAGUGCCAUUUUGUAGUCAAAUAUCAUCAAACUUUUCAAUCUCAUAAACUUCAUUAUCGUAUAUAACAUGAUUUCAUUUAAUUAUUUGCAUUUGAAAAGAUGUUUUAAACCUGUAUAUGUAUAUACCUAAUUAUCAAUUAUGAACGCAUUUGGUACGCGUGGAAAAUUAGACACGUUCCUAAAAAAAGCCUAAUAAUUAAUUAUUAUUAUUAUACAUUUCUAAUGAAUUAAGUAGCUACAAAAUUGUAACCCUACAAAUAAGUUAAGUAUUUCCUUAAUUUAAAUAUAGGUAGGUACGAUAUUUUGUUCUCGUACGUAUGUAUCUGUGCCGGUCUAAAAUAUAUUAGUUUUCUUAUUAAAAUUUUUAGACAAAAUUGUUAUUAGUGACUAUGUAAUAUGUAUAUGUAUUUAAUUUUUAUUUUUCAAUAUAAAUGCACAGUUGUAGACUGUCAUUAACAAAUUAGUUUAAUAACUUAGCGCCGCGAGAUUAAUCAUAAUGAAUCAUUGUUUAAAUAUAAGAUUUUUUACCGACAUUAGUGGUGACAAAGAAAUGGUGUGUUAACAUUAAAUAAACGAUGACAGACCUAUUGUUAAGUCUCCUAAUAAAGUACAUUACUGUAUUUAAA